AUGCCUCCGAGGCUCUCAAUACAGCCGGCGGCCAGCCGCUGCCGGACAACCGUCUCCCAGCUCACGCAGAUGGUCUCGUGCUUGUCCACCACCUCCCGCGCCGCAGCCCUCAAGAACGUCCCAUCACCCAUAUCCUCCGUCCUCGGCCUCGAAGACCCGCCCUCACAACAACCCACCCGGUCAUCAUUCCCCAGCCUCUCCUCCUCCGCCGACGGCAGUAGCACCGGCAGCGAAGCCAACCUCUCGGCCAACGACCGCCUGAGCCGCGUCUGGUCCAAGUCGACGGCACGCCACCAGCGCGUGGCCGACAGCGCCCGCAAGAAGAAGGAGCUGAUCGAGGGCCUCUCGCAGCGCGCCGUCAGCGACAGCUACGUCCGCCAGAUGCCGCGCCGGUGGAAGACGGGCGACGUCUACGCGCCGCACGACCUGAGCCCCGAGGAGAUGACCAAGUGGCGCCGCAUGUCGAGCCCGCGCGUCGACGUCGUCGACAUGCUGGGCAUCAACCCGCUCGACGAGUACAGGAAUUUCUCGAUAAUAUCCGAGUUCAUAACCCCGAUGGGCCGCAUCAAGCCCAGCCGCGACACCGGCCUGCGGCCCGUCAACCAGCGCAAGAUGGCCAAGGCCAUCCGGAGAGCCAUCGGCCUGGGCAUCCACCCCAGUGUGCACAGGCAUCCCAUGAUCCUGCAGAGCGAGGUCCAGAACAUGCCCCGACAGAACAUGCCCUCGGCGCCCAAGAGGAACCCCAGGAAGCUCGGUUAG